AUGCUCUCUUCGCUCCCGUGCGAACUCUGGGCGCACAUCGCGUCGUUUCUACCGCUGCGCGAUCGGGAGACUUUGCUUGAAACGUGUGCCGAGACUCGCGAAGGAGUGAUUUUCCUUUGCGAAUGCGCGCGCACGCGGCUUCUCGCGCGCCGUGGGUACUUUUUCGAGAACGAAUAUGGUUUGCCGUGCGUCGACGAGGAGGAGGUGGGGUUUCACGCGCGCGCGUUGCUUCGGCACACGAGCGCGUUGUCGACGACGAAGCGCGACGCCGCCGCAAAGUUUUGCGCCGCGAUGACGGCGGCGUUUUCCGAUGCGCUCGAUGAUCCGGAUUUCGAGAUGACAGAAAAUGAACGCGUCGAUCGAGUGUCGCGCAUGAUGAAGGUGGCGAGCGCGGAGUUGAGCCACAGAUGCCGUGGGAAAGCGGUGGGAUUAUUCUUGCGAUACGAAAUCGAUGAUUUGGAGACGGCGAUCGGCGUCGGCGAACUCGGGCUGGUGGAACAUGAACUUUUCGAUAUGAAUGAGGACAAGGAAGAACGUAUCAAGUACGAGCGGGCGUCGUUGCGAUCGUAUCUGCGAGUGUUCAUCGUGACGCACGUCGUGCUCGGCUCGGAAACGCUGUCGCAUCUGUACACAGAGAGCUCGCAUCGGUACGAUUUAGAGGCAGCGUUCGCUUGGAAGGCGUUCACGAUUGGAUUCAUGGGCUUGCUCACUACGCGAGAAUCAACGAGCGCGGAAUUGCUGCGUACGCUCACGAUGCCAAACGUGCGUUGGUUUCUUCUGAACUUGUACAAAAACGGUACCGCACACGCGACGACGACAAACGCGAGCGAAACGCACUCGAUCCUGGAUUCGAUCGCGGAUUUGUACUCGAAGAGCAUCGAUAUCGAAAUUGCGACUUUUCGCCAGUACGAAGUGGACUCACUCACGGGUAUGACGGCAUUGCAGCGAGCUGAGCAAAUGUUUACUGUGGUUCACGAGCGCGUGCAUCCGAACGAAGUGUUUAACGACAACAUUGCCGCGCUUGCCAAAAUCCUUUCGCUCAUCGUCCGUGAGACGAAUCAAGACAAGGCUUCAUUUGCGCGAGUUGUGUUCGACUUGACGCGAGGAUGGGACGCUUCAUUCAAGCUUAUGCUGCUCGGAUCUUUAUGGGAGGCGUGUCCGCAGACGGAUUAUCUACUGCGAGCUCUUCUAAGACGCGACUUCGUUCCUGCGCCAUUCGAUCAAGACGACGGCGGCCUCGGUAUCAUGGACGUGCAAGCGACGCGAGUUGGUCGAAAGCUUCUCGCGGUUUUCGAGCAGCGUCAUCACGUACGCUUGAAGCCGGACACGUGCGUUAGCCUGUUCGAACUCGCGCGAAAGAACUGGACAGAGGAAGACGACGAGCGCAUGGUUCGGAGUCUGUUGAAAGAUUGCAACGUUGGCGUGUCGUUAUCUCUCACUGCGUGCUCGUACGAAUGCUGCCGAAACGGUAUCAACGAUAACGUGCUCGCUCUGGUCGUGUUCCUCGCCGAGCGCGGUGUCGCGCGCUCCAAACGCGUUUCAUCCUUCGACGAGCCCGCGCCGAAACGGCGCCGCGUCGUCAAGCUCGGCGAAGAAGACGCCUCAAACGAGGAGUCGCUCUUAUAUUUAGAUUUCGAGUACGAGGUCGGCGUGUUCUCUCAACGCGAAUCUCCCGAGUCUCAGGAUCUUACGCCCGAAUGGCUCGCUCGAGAAGAGUGA